AUGAAGCAAGUGAAGCAAAUCCAUGGUUACACUCUGAGAAAUGGCAUAGACCACACCAAAAUCCUAAUAGAGAAGCUACUUGAAAUCCCAAACCUACACUAUGCACACAUGGUGUUGCAGCAUUCUCCAAAGCCAACCGUUUUUCUCUACAACAAGCUCAUUCAAGCCUACACCUUCCAUUCCCAGUACCAAUGCUUCUCGCUUUACUCUCAAAUGCGCCUUCAUGGCCUCCCCCCAAAUCAACACACUUUCAACUUCCUCUUCUCUGCAUGCACUUCCCUUUCUUCCCCUCCCAUUGGUCAAAUACUCCAUACCCAUUUCAUCAAAUCAGGCUUUGAACCUGAUCUCUUUGCUGCCACUGCUUUGCUUGACAUGUAUGCCAAAGUGGGUACUUUGGAGCUGGCACGCCAACUGUUUGAGGAAAUGGCUGUGAGAGGGGUACCCACAUGGAAUGCUAUGAUGGCAGGGUAUGCAAGAUUUGGUGAUAUGGAGGGAGCAUUGGGGUUGUUUAGGUUGAUGCCUUCUAGGAAUGUGGUGUCAUGGACCACCAUGAUAUCUGGUUACUCACAGAAUAAACAGUAUGAGAAGGCUUUGGGGUUGUUUCUGAGGAUGGAGCAGGAGAAAAACAUAAUGCCCAAUCAAGUAACUUUGGCAAGCAUUUUGCCGGCUUGUGCAAAUCUUGGGGCACUUGAGAUUGGGCAGAGGGUUGAAUCAUAUGCUAGGAAAAAUGGGUUUUUUAAGAAUUUAUAUGUGAGAAAUGCUGUAUUGGAGAUGUAUGCAAAGUGUGGUAAGAUUGAUUUUGCUUGGCGAGUUUUCGAUGAGAUUGGAAGCAUGAGAACCCUGUGCUCUUGGAAUUCAAUGAUCAUGGGUUUGGCUGUCCAUGGACAAUGUGAACAGGCCCUUGAGCUUUAUGAACAAAUGCUGGGAGAAGGAUCUUCACCUGAUGAUGUGACAUUUGUGGGGCUCCUCUUGGCAUGCACUCAUGGAGGCAUGGUUGAAAAGGGUAGGCAUAUCUUCAAGUCAAUGACCACAGCCUUCAACAUUGUUCCCAAACUAGAACACUAUGGCUGCAUGGUUGAUCUCCUAGGCCGAGCCGGGCAAUUGAGAGAAGCUUAUAAUGUCAUACAAAGUUUGCCAAUGAAACCGGACUCAGUAAUAUGGGGGGCUUUGUUGGGAGCUUGCAGCUUCCAUGGUAAUGUUGAGGUGGCUGAGAUAGCAGCUGAGUGUCUAUUUGCACUUGAGCCUUGGAAUCCUGGAAACUAUGUCAUUCUUUCCAACAUUUAUGCAUCAGCUGGUCAAUGGGAUAGAGUUUCAAAGCUUAGGAAGGUGAUGAAGGGAAGCCAAAUUGCUAAGGCUGCUGGACAUAGUUUCCUUGAAGAGGGUGGUCAAUUGCAUAAGUUCAUUGUGGAAGAUAGAUCACAUCCAGAAAGCAAAGAAAUUUUUGCGUUGCUUGAUGGAGUUUAUGAAAUGAUAAAGCUUAAUAGAAGUGCGUUUGAAUGCCAUUUGGAUCUUGAUUUGAGCAACGAAUCAUAG